CAAUAUUUAAAAAAUUUUCGUGCACUACAUAACUAAAUCACAUGUAAAUAUUAAAGAUAAGCAGUGUUAUAUAAACCCAAGAUUGAUGACAGUACACCCAUAUCAGUCUUUGUAGUUGGAAAAUCAAGUCAAAAUGUGGUCUGUACAGGUUUUAGUGGUAGCUGUUGUAGUAUCGGUCUGUACAGCUCACUUGUGCAUGUUAUCGCCACCUCAAAGAGGAUCUCUUGUUGGUUUCAAUAAAAAAGGAGCUGAUGACUGUUUCUUGAUAAAAGGACCAUGUGGUAAAAGACCUAUUUCUUCAAACCCUAUCUUGUUAAGAGGAAACCAAAAUUUUACUGUAGUAUUCCAAAAAAAUUUAGAUCAUUGGGCCCAAGCCACUCCGGGUAUGUUUACCAUCUCAUUUGGUCCAGUAGAUCAGACAAAUGUAAUUGCUACUAUACCUGAUAUGGGCGAACCGUCUUUAACCCUGUAUGCUAUCAACAUCACCAUUCCCACUCUCACAACUGGUUCUUAUGUAAUACAGACACAGUAUGUGACAAAGAAUCCACAGGCACCACCAACUUUCUACCAAUGUGGAGAUGUGACGUUGGUGUAAGAUAUCACUAACUUCAACAAAAUACUCAUACUGCAACAAUCAUUGAAAACAUGAACACCAGGCCAUGUGGAUCCCCAGCCCGUCAAAUCUGGCCCUAGCCGUUCCUCAGACGUGGUAUUAGGAUGGUAUAUAGGUCUAAACGGAACGAUAUCCCAUCAGUAUAUCACGUCCGAGAAACGUUUAGGGCCCCAAAUCACAAACUAACGCUUUGAUAUUCUUUUCAUUUUAUUUACCAUAUAGAUUCAUUGUAGUCGAUUGUUAUUUAAUUUACAAGUAACAUCUCAUUUAAAUUUCCGAUUAACCGGCUACGACUCAUGUAUUUUAUUUUGUGCUCUAUUGAAAUACAAUUGCUGUAGAUGUACAUUCAGAUAUUAAUAGCUUACAAGUAUUUUGCUAUUGAAUUGUGAAAAUAAUUAUGAAUUAAAUACUCACCUAGUGCUAAGCUAC